UUGCCUGUCCAAGAUGGCAGCGACUGUGUUCCGGAUCGCUUUGCAGCACUGGAGGCGCUGCGUCCUUUGGAGCUACGGGCAUCGGCAGCUGAGCCAGACCCAGAGGCCUCCUGAUAACCCCGGCUUUGUGGAGUCUGUGGAUGAAUACCAGUUUGUGGAGCGCCUGCUGCCCCCUACCAGAAUCCCAGAGCCACCAAAGCAUAAACAUUAUCCCACACCUAGUGGUUGGCAGCCUCCUAGAGAUCCCCUUCCCAGCUUGCCCUACUUUGUUCGUCGCUCUCGGAUGCACAACAUCCCUGUCUACAAGGCGAUCACACACGGCAACCGACAGAUGACCUUGAUUCGAAAGGUGGAAGGUGACAUCUGGGCUCUACAGAAGGAUGUGGAAGAAUUUUUGAGCCCACUGCUGGGAAAGACACCUGUCACCCAGGUUAAUGAGGUGACAGGUACUCUUCGAAUUAAGGGCUACUUUGAUGAGCAGCUUAAAGCCUGGCUUCUUGAGAAAGGCUUCUGAGGCCUGAUGGUCAGCCCAUGUGGCAGUGCUCUCCACAGAUUGGCAUCCAGAGAAGUGGAUUUGGAGUCUCUGGAAUGGGACACAAAGAACAGGGUUGAGUACUUAGGAUGAAAGGGCUUUGAGAUAAGGCCUUGCUUUCUUAAAGGGGAAGUAGACGUGUAUGUACAAGUGUCCACUUGAGAGCUGUCCAACAUGGGAGGACACAGCAACACUCCAGCUAACAAAAGCAGACAUUAACUGCUGUGCAGAUAAUCCUCUUGUGCAUUAUGUGGAAGCAUCACUUGUCAAUAAAAAGCUGAUGGCCGGUGAGCUGAGGCAGGAUUAGAUUGUGGGAAAUCUGACAGGGAGAUUCGCCCUGGACUUUGAGGAAGCAGGAUGUAUGAAACUGAGGAGAGGUAACUAACCAGCCAUGUGGCAGAUAUAAUAUAGUUUAACGGGUUAAAUGGACUAGUGGGAACAAGCCUAGUUGAAGGCUGUAAGCAUUUUCCAUACAAAAGAGCCUUUAAGUCAUAAUUCGGGAACUGGGACGCCAGUAUAAAAGUACAGGAUUACAAACUGCUGUCCCUUUAUAAACUGGUAUAUUUCUUUAUGUCAACCAUUCUGGAAGCAACCACCCAAGCCUGUUCUGGGGGCUUCCCAGGAAAGACCCAUCAGGGAAGCUAUUCUUGGCCUGGAGCUUUUGCUGUAGAUGGGGUGUGGUGGAAGCUAUGGGAAACAUGACACAAUACAGGACAAUGAUAUGGACUGGAUGAGACAGAAGGAUAUCUUAGGGUUGGGGAAUCAACUACACAAGGGUUCGAAGACAAAAAUGUAGACCUUUCCCUUCCGGGGCCCACCCCACCAGCCACAUGUCCAACCCACCAUUAAACUGGCUAAACAAUGUUAAACAGUGUGUUCAGAACCUGGCUACCCUGUUUGACCUCAGAUCUAAGGUAGAGGCACCAACCUCCCAGUGCUCUCUUGUUGCAUUCUAAUCCCAGAAACUGCAAGCCAUUCCUAAGUCUGCAGACUGAGCAAGGAAAGAGCCCAGCCCUGAAGCUAAGUGACAAGUUCCACCAGUCAUUAAUGCAAGUUUUUAUUUAGCUGUAUAUACAAUUUAAGCUAUUAAAAUUUAUACAAUA